GCUCUCACAUGGCUUCUGAACAGGGUCAGAGGUGUCUUGGCUUCCCCUGCCCUCCUGAGAUCUUGCCCAUAAAAGGUCUGAGUUGCCUACUUCCACUAUUAAGUUGAACGAGGACUCCUUAACCCAACAGCCAUCAAGGCUGUUGGCCAACUAGUUAACAGCCCAAAGCAGCCAGCUGCUUCUGACCUAGGAAAGCCGGUGUGCAGGAGCUUGGGGCUGGGGGAUGAGCGGUCAGGUCCCGCUGGCAGAGAAGGCCCUGUCAGAACGCUAUGCCCGUCUCCGGUACAGGGACACUUCCUUGCUGAUUUGGCAACGGCAGCAGCAGAAGUUGGAGUCUGUACCACCUAGCACAUACCUGAGCAGGAGCCGCAGCAUGUGGUACUCCCAGUACGGAAAUGAGGCCAUCUUAGUCCGAGACAAAAGCCAGCUUGGGGUCUCUAAGGACACUGGCCAGUCUAAGUUUUGCUCAAUCAUGUACUUCCAGGGGGGUCCUUGAUGGCUGUGAAGAUCAAUCUGUGGUAUAAAAACUCAACACCCAAGAAUAUCACGCAGCCCUCUAUCAAUGGCACACUGCCGAGGCCCUGGCAAUGCUUCCAGACAAAAAGAGAGGCCAGUGAGAUGUCCCCAGCUCCUGUGAACUGCUUGCCUGACACAGAAUGGGUCAGGUCCAGGGUAAAGAGGGGACUCUCUUCCUGGAGGGUCUCAGAUCUGUCAGUUCACUGCAGUGACAUGUGAAAAGGGGCCAGAGCCGGGGUGGCAUUUCAAAACCAAGAGUUUUAGUGACCAACCGUAAUACAUUACUGCAUUGUGGUUAGCACCCACACUGGUCUUGUAUAUAGGUGUGUUGUGUCCUAAACACCUUAAGUAAAACCCUCCAAUUUAAAGCUCCAUCUAAGUUGCCUGGGUUGAUCCCAAACUUAAUCAUGUGGGAAAGAGCAUCUGCCCAAUGGUGGAGCAUUGGGACCUCCUUUCUAUCAAGUUGCAGUGGUCUAUCACAUGUUCCACCUCAGUACACAUGGUGUGGACAGCUGGAACAUACUUGCCUAUGUAGCAGUUCAAGUCUGUGUGGCUAUGCAAAUUCGGAGAUGUUUGUCAAAGUUGAGCCUUCUAAAUAAACGUCUUAAGACUCU